GAUAGCACCCUGGGAGAUGUGCUUUGGCGUCGCUCCAGGAAGCUUCACUAAGCACCCGGACUCCUCAACCACCAGUAUGAGCUUUCAGACACACCAGGAGAAGAAAUGGGCUGCACAUAUGCAGGGACUGUUGGAGUCGUUGCUGAGAUAUCAUCUGGCUUGUGUCAACCCCAAAUAAAAGGGAGACAAUGUUAUUGAUAGAGAACUACUGUCAGUUGGCUCUGGAAAAGCCAUUUUCCUACUGAAUUUUUGAGUGUGUUGUGAAGGACUGGGAUGCCCCGGCAACAUUGCAAGGUUCCGCUAGUAAAAAGUCUGUUAGAUUAUAGGGUGCAAUGACAGUUUUAUAAGGACGAUCAUUGCCGUUUGAUAUUUGAUAUCCAGGUGAAGGGACAUUCCUGAAGAUGAAAAAGCAAAAUAAUGAAUAACCUGAUGCUUUUUUUUCUCAGAAGGAGCCAAACGUUUUGUUGAAGAAUGUUUGGAGAUGGAUCAUGAAUACAGGAGGCAGCUGUACUCUCAACUAUAAUGUCUCACUACAAAGCCACACAAAUGUGUAAGCAGUCGACGAACAGUGUGUCGACAAGAAGAGACAAACUGUCACAUCUGCCACAUGUGAACACACUUCCAAAUGUGACACAUGCCUCAGCUCGUGUCGCUGUCUGGUUUCAGGAGGCGACCUUCUUCAUUCUUUUAUCUUAUGACGCCGCGUUAUUGGAGCUCCGUCACAUUUAAAGGCUGAAAUUGACCGCAUUAUUGGCAUAGUGGUCGAUGUUAAAGAGUGGAGGAAGGAGCAAAGCGAGAGGGAGCGGGAGGCGUGAGAGAGAGAGAAGGAGGAACAGUCGCAGCUUCUCGCCAGCUCUAUUCCUCGCCUCCUUCAGGCUGAGCGGAGCAGCGGCAGGAUUCUAACGGUGGAUUCCGCGCAUCGCUGGGAAAUUUCUCCUGCGUGGAUUGAUCUCGGAGCGGAUACACAGAAAGAGCUCGUUAUUGUUGCACAUCUAAGCGAGGAAACAGUCGCCUGAGAGUCUUGGUUCUGCCGUUCAGCCGCGCCGCUACUCUAGACGCCUGUCUCCGGGGAUAAAAGUGCGUAAACAUCAGCCGGGUUUUACGCACGGCGACACGCUGGACAGACGCGGGUUCGGAGCAGGACACACGAUGCUGAUCGGUACCUCCGCCCAGGGCAGCCCCCUCCUCGCCUCCCUCCCCGUCCCCGGGCGACCGGUCCAGCCUCAGCUCGACCUGAAGCACCUCCUGCCCUUCAGGCUGAACGGCUCCUCCCCGCUCAGCCUCUUCCCUAACUUCAACACUAUGGAUCCUGUACAGAAGGCAGUGAUCAACCACACCUUCGGGGUUCCCCAGCCCCUCAAGAAGAAACAAAUCAUUUCCUGCAACAUUUGUCACCUGCGCUUCAAUUCCACGAAUCAAGCAGAGGCCCACUAUAAGGGUCACAAGCACGCCCGCAAACUCAAAGCCAUGGAGGCCCAGAAGAACCGGCAGCGACGAUCCGGCGAAGCGUCGGCGGGAAGAGAGCGAGACAGAGAUCGAGAUCGUGAGAGGAGCAAGACAGCUGAGGUGGCGCUACCUUCAGCGAUGGACACGAGACCUGUGGAGAGCACAAGUCUUCAGGCAGAGCUUGAAGUGGCCACCAUUGAUGUAAAGCUGGAUGAGAGUCCCAGGAGUUCGGUGAUGCUGACGCCGGUGUCAGACGUAUCUUCAGUGGAGAUGGUCACACUCUCCCCUCCUCAGAUUUCACCUUCCUCCCAGAUCUCUGAAACUGCCUCCGACACCAGCAGCCCGGAGGUUCCAGAGGCCGUCGAGAUUCCUGGGCCCACCUCAGACUCCGACGGCCCGGCCGACAAGACAAGCACAAGCGAGGACGCGCCAAUGGACGACGACAAAGACGGCAAGAAAAGCAAAGCCCACCUCCACUGUCCGGUCUGCAAAGUGACAGUGAACUCGUCGUCCCAGCUGGACGCGCACAACAGCGGUACAAAGCACAAACUGAUGCUGGAGGGACAAAGUGUCCUGCCGCGGCGCCGGGGAAAAGUGCUAGCGGCACGCGGCAGCUGCAAAAGCAAAAGGCUGGCCAGCAAAGGGAGUGUGGGAGUUCCCAGCAAGAACUUCCAGUGUGAAGUGUGUGAGAUCUUCGUGAACUCUGAGACCCAGCUGAGCCAGCACAUGAACAGCAGACGGCACAAGGACAGACUGGCUGGGAAACCACCGAAACCGAAAUUUACUCCGCACAGCAAGAGCCAGCCAAGCUCCAGCUUAGCGAACGUGAGAUGGAGCGGCUAUGCAGGUGUGGCCGUGUCCGCCAUGAAGAAAGCCUUCGGCCAGUACAACCUCACCUCCCUCUCCUCGCAGACCAAACUGGCCUUGCAGAAGCAGCUGACCAAGAGCUUGACUACUGGCUUCCUGCCCAGCCCCCUCACCCCACCAACCCUGUGCACAGUGGCAACUAACCCACUGGCCCUGCGCCACCCAGUGGGCACCACCACCUUCAUCCAGUCCCCCUUCCUGGGCCCUGCACUGUUUCGGCCCGCUCCCGGUCCACUGCGGGCCACACACACACCCAUCAUCUUCUCCCCCUACUAAAGACUCACUCCCCUACCUUACCCUCCGACUGAACCCCGGCCCUCCUUCAGUGUGACCCACUUGACAAAGGCCACACGCAAACUAUGCAGACUGCCUGACUAAAGAGUGCACAAGUCAUGACUCUCUUAAGGCCAUGAGCCAGGAGAGAUGUUCCUAAUUCAAAGGCCAAGAUUUCCCAUCAUGCCUUCUUUCUGCUCCUCGUGUCGUGACGUCAGGAGCAGCAUUGGCCUCCAGACAGUGACUGGUGCGCAAAGGCCGCUUUUAUAGCCAUUUCAUGGGUCAAAGCAGUUUGGAUUCUCAAUAUUAAUGUGUAAUUUAUUAGAGAUCAACUGUAGACUAGAUGUUUAGUGUGGUUGCCACAAAAUAAGGUCCCUUUACUUGAUGCUCUUCGGAUACUUUCGAUGUCCAUCUGACAUGCUGAUCGUCAUUUUCCUUCCACAGGGGUGGAACAGUGUGGAACCACGUGGUGGUGCGUGGAAUAGAGACAAUGCCAUUGUCAAGUUUACUGACUUUAAUUCAGGCCAAGCAAUUCAACACAAAGGGAUAGUUCAUAAAUGCUACGACACAAACACGGUGUGAAGGACAAAAAAGAUAAAAAAUACUACAUUUUUGGCAGGAACAGCAACUCUUUAUGUAUUAUAUAUAUUUUUACUCUCUGAAUCAGAGUGUGUAAUUCAAUUCAUAAUAAUAAUUCAUAUUUAUUGAACAGUAGAGGGCAUUCUUUGUUUCAAAAAAAUGUUUUAAUACAAUCAGGUGCUGGUUAUUCUUGAAAUUAUUGAAGGCUAAUUUUAGCAUAAUCUCUAGCAAGCAGGUGAAAGGACAUAAGUAUAACUUAAAAUUGGUUCAGAUUCAAGUUCGACUGUGUAUGUAUUCAAGAUCGAUAAAAUGAUGCAGUGGGUGGGAUUUGGCCCCCAGGCCUCGCGUUUUACACAGAUGCUCUGGACUCAAUGAGCCGUAGCAGCUGAAGCUCCAGCUCAAGUCCAGAUGGUUCACAUGCUGAUGUGGAGCAGGGAUAAAUGUUGCACCUAUUGUAUGGAUACAUAAAAAGCACCGUACGAACUACUGUGUUCAAUAGAUUUUAAAUAAAUACAGAAGGCAAACAAAGAAAAUCCAAGGAAUCGUUUUGAUUUUUUGAUAAGUAAAUGAGUUCCUCAUUGUUAUUCCAGGAGCGCAGAGAGAUCUGCAGGUCAAUCCGUGCUUGGUAAACAUGCAGAAGUAACGGAAAAAAUAAAUAAAUAAAAAUCCAGGUCGCUCUGCUUCUGAUCACUGACAUAUGUAUGUGACGUAAGCUUGAAAAUAAUCACAGUCACAGGUAUAUUUAACUAAAGAUGGCCGCACCACAACCCUCCACUUGGCACUGUUUCACCCCUGCUCUUCCAUCAGUGUUAUUCCUCACCUCCAUGUUUGCCUCUGAACUCGAGUGCAUCCUCAGUGUGAGUCACAAACGCAGUCAUCGCCCUCCAGAUUUCCUCCUUCCCCCGUACAGCCACGAUUAGCUGCUCAUUAAUGUCCACCAAAGGUCAACUUGUCAACUCCAAUUUGUUCCCGUUUGCUUCCCGGCCUUCCCCUCCUUUUCCUCUACAUCAUUCAUGCAAAGCAGUUUGAGCAUCAUCUUCUCCCCCCUCCCCGAGAUUGUGGUCCAAAAAAAUAUCAAGCAGUUAAUCCUGCGGCAGAAACGGCGACAAGAGUCCUCUGUAAAACACUUCAUUGUUGUUAAAUAAUGGAGAGUUUUAUGCAGAUUUGGGCUCUGUUUUUAGACUCAGACUUAGACUUUCUUUAUUGUCAUUGCACAGAAACAUAUCACUAUAUUAUGGCAACGAAAUUUCAGUCUGAGGCCUCCGGUUUCCAAAAACAAAACUAUAUGUCCAAAAAUAAAUAAAUAUUAGAUAAAUACUAGUGGAGGAUGUACAAAUAAACAGUAUUGCAGCUACUGUCCAACGUUCAGCAGCCUGACAGCACCAGGGACGAAACUAUUCCUGAAUCUGGUGGUUCUGCAUCGGAUGCUACGGAACCGUCUGCCGGAUGGCAGGAGGGAGAACACUGCAUAAUGGAGAUGAGUAGAGUCCGCGAUGAUCCUUUGCGCCCUGGAUAAGCAGCGUUGUGGCAUCUUAUUUAACCAAGAUGGCGGUGGAUGCUACUUGGAUGAAAUGCUUGGUCCCAGUAAAAAUGUUGAAAAAAUAUGAAUUAUUUUAGCUACUUCACUCUUAAAUAAACCUAUAGUUAAAAUGAUGAUUUGAUCAUCCAUUCAUUUAACCUUCUUCUUCUGCCGCUUAUCCGGGGUCGGGUCGCGGAGGCAGCAUUCGGAGCAAGGAAGCCCAAACUUCCCGGUCCGCACAAACCUCCUCCAGCUCCUCCCGGGGGAUCCCGAGGCGUUCCCAGGCCAGACCGGAGACAUAAUCUCUCCAGCGAGUCCUGGGUCUUCCCAGGGGUCUCCUCCCGGUAGGACAUGCCCGGAACACCUCCCCAGGGAGGCGUCCAGGGGGCAUCCGGAUCAGAUGCCCGAGCCACCUCAGCUGGUUCCUCUCGAUGUGGAGGAGCAGCGGCUCCACCCCGAGCUCCUCCCGGAUGACCGAACUCCUCACCCUAUCUCUAAGGGUGCGCCCAGCCACCCUGCGGAGGAAACUCAUCUCAGCCGCUUGUAUCCGCCAUCUCAUCCUUUCGGUCACUACCCAAAGCUCGUGACCAUAGGUGAGGGUGGGAACGUAGCAUUCAUCAUUCAUUUAAAUGUAGCUUUUAUUUCAUUUAAAAAGCAAAACGUAAACAAUAGCGUAAGAUUUUUGCCCCUUUAUUUGUCGCAUGUUCAUAUAUUUUAGUGGAAAUAUGUCUCAGCUGAAAGAACAGCAAGGCAACUCAGCGUCUGUGAUAACACACGUGAAUUAAAUUCACACAAAACAAAGCCCAUGUCUGUACGAAUAUUUCAUUUUCACACUGCCUCUCUGCAGCAUAAUGAAAGGACUCUUUAAAGGAAAUGAGUUUCAGCUUUACCCACAGCUGAAGGCUGGUUUAUGUUUCUUAUUGUGGCGGUAGAAUCGUAACAAUCAUCUGCUUGAAUGUUUCGCCUCUCAUUUUACAGAGUAGAACGCAUCUCUUGUAAAAAUACAAGCGUAGAACUGGGUGAUGCUACCUGAAGCAGGGACAAUCCAAGCAGCGAUAACAACAGAGAAAUAAAAACCAGCUCCCGUUCUUCUUUUUUUGGAUCGAUUUUCUCCCCUGCUUUCACUAAUGGCCGCGACCUUCCCGUCUGCUCGGUCCUCCCUCACCUCUCCUGUCGUCACUGCAUGCAGCACAAAACACCGAUCAAAAUAAAAACUUGAUGGGAUCUCAGUGCAAAGUUUGGUCGGCGAUCCUGAUGUGUUGUCUGCGCACGGCGUAGGAGGGAACAAAGCACAGUGCCGUGGCAACCACAUUAAAAAGCACCUUAAAACUGAUUUAAAAGCAAUGAACUUUUCUCGAUUUUCCCUCGCUGACAACAAAACAAUCAGGUUGUUGUGUAGUCAUAACAAAUCUCAUGUUUAAAGCAAUACAUUGUGUGUGUUUAUGGUGUGUUCUCUGUGGCUGUUUCAUACAUUUGUGACAAAGUACUUCGAGGACCGUUUGAGCUGAUGAUGGUGCUGCCCUUGACGUGGUCAGUCCCCCCCCCCCGACAUGACUCUCGGCUGUUCCAUUUAUAGCGGGGGCCAAGAGGGGUCCUUCAGCGCCGUAUGACAUUGGUGUUCCACUUCUGAGCGGAAAACACGACUUCCACUGAGAAAAAAAAAAAAGAAGAAGAAAAUCAGUGUUGCAUCAAUAUUGCUGUUCAUGUGCUAUUAUUAACUCACCUACCUUCAAGUUCUACGGACAUCUGACCUACUCAUCUGGCACGACAGACUGCUGGCAAGGUCUUCUGAGGACUCGGAGCGCCAAUGUCAUCCUUCCCCCGCCACUCAUGUCCUCUUGAAUUUGGAGCAAAUCCUAUGCAUUUUGUUUCAUUGUGCAAUAUGUAUAGUGUCUGUGAUGCAGCAGUGCCAUCUGUCGUGGAAACCAUGUAAUUGCCAUCUAGUACUUGUACUCUAUGAACUAUUUGAUCCUGUAUAUUUCUGUUUAAGGUCUUUUCAGAUGAGGGAAGCCACACACACCCCCAGCCCCCUUCCACACCCCGCUCCACACCCCGCUCCCGUCGCACUACUCAGUGAACCAGCCAGCCUUUAAUCUCCGCUGUUCGUUUCUAUUGCUCUGUUUCAAAGGACUUUCUUUACAAUAAAAGACCUAGAGGAAGCAAAUUAUAUGUAGAAACCAUAGACUAAGAUAGAGAACCUUUAUCAGAUUUGCUAUCUGUAUCAUAAUAAGUCGCUAUCAUAGAUAAGAGUAGUUAUCGUAGACAAACCAGGGGAAGGAAAAUACUGUGUUAUUUCUUUGUCCGUUUUUUUUAAAAGAGGAAAUAUUUAAAAGAACAUUUUUGAGUGACCUUUUUUUUUCCUUUGUUGAAUUCUGUAAUUCAAGGCCUUUGUAGAGAAUACGUCACAUGACCAGGCCUUCUCAGGGGUGACAGAUCGAACCGAUGCUCACGUGACCAUCCAUUCAGGGUUCCCUCCACUGCUCCGGGGAGCAGCAAACACUGUACGCAUGGACGGAUCCGCAACAGAAUCAGAUAAAUAAUAAUAUAAAAGUGCUGUACUAUAGCCUGGAGAGGGGCCGCAUUUUGGAAAAUAAAAGCUUUUAGAACUUGUAAAAUGUCUUUCACUGACUGAAAUGUGUGUGUUUAAAGUGGUCAAACUCAAUGCACUCAGGCCAAGUCAUAUAACUCAAGACAAAAGAGGAAGCCAUAUCUGCCUCCAAACCGAAGUAGAUGUCUCACCUUAAAACCAUCAAGUCACCAGGUCCUAAAACUCACUCCUGUGUAGUUCAGUAGUUUCAGUUAUCCCCCACUAGGCGUCCAUAGGCAAGCACCAUAUCCAGCAAUGGUAAAUGAUCCAAUAUGUCAAAAGUGUCAAACGCCUCAGUUGCAUGACUCUUCUGCUUGUGUGUUCACCCCCAUACAAAUGAAAUAUUCACAGCUGCUUCCAGAACCUCGAUUCGAAUACGAAUCAUUGUGUUCUGUUGAGUUCAUUUCCGGGAGGGACAAGUCCGUCUGACAUCUUUCUUGCACCGAGGUCCUCUUGAAAGAAGAUGCCAGGGUUUAA